AAUUCAAAGCACGGCAGAAUCUUCCUAACUUUCUCUCUCCUUCAAAUUAAACCCCAAAUGGUUGCUUCCACCCUCCCCACAUUCUUCUCUUACUCAUUUUUAUUUAUUUAAUCAUCUCAUUUUCACCAAUUUUUUUUAAAAACAUUCCUUAUAAACCUUAACAAUUAAUAAGAUUUUGAAGGCUCAACUUCCAACAUAACUAACUUUCCCCAUUUUUUGGAUUUGAUCAUUUGAUCAUCUUUUAUCUUAGCUUAGCCUGUUAGCCAUGCACUUUCUAUUACCCUUUUCGCUCUUCUUCUUCAUCUUAUUAUUACAACUACCUUCAGCCUUUCCCGCCAGAACUUUCCCGCAACCAACUAUCCCAAACUUUGACGCCACCACCGCCUCCGCCUUCAACUCCACCACCUCCACCCCGUGGGGCAACUUUGCAAAGUUUGCCAACCUCGAGAAAGGAAGCCACGUCACUGGAAUAUGCGAUCUCAAGACUUAUCUCAACCACUUCGGCUACCUCCCGGCACCGGCCCCCGGGAACUUCUCCGAUGACUUUGAUUCCGACCUCGAAUCCGCCAUCUUAACUUAUCAAAGGAACCUCGGUAUACCAGUCACCGGAAAACUCGAUAACGAUACUAUUGACCUCAUCAUGGCCCCACGUUGCGGCCUCGGCGAUUCCCAUAUGCAUAACUCCACUGCCAGCCGCCUCCACCAAACGCGUCGUUACGCCUUCUUUAACGGGGAACCACGGUGGAGUCAGUCUUCACCGAUGACUUUGACUUAUUCUUUUUCGCCGGACGAUACGAUUGCUUACAUCAGUCAGGAAGAUAUCCGGGCGGUGUUCGCACGCGCCUUUUCACGGUGGUCCGAGGUUAUUCUCGUAAAUUUCACAGAGAUACAAAAUUAUCGUAUGGCUGAUAUCCGUAUUGGGUUCCAUAGCGGCGAUCACGGCGACGGAGAACCGUUCGACGGCGAACUCGGAGUUUUAGCCCAUGCUUUUUCACCGGAAAAUGGAAGACUUCAUUUAGACGCAGCUGAAACUUGGGCCGUUGAUUUUCAAAGAGAACGGUCUAGGGUGGCCAUUGAUUUGGAAUCAGUAGCUACGCACGAGAUAGGUCACGUGCUCGGGUUGGCCCAUUCUUCUGUGAGUGAUGCUAUCAUGUACCCGAGUUUGAGACCGAGGAGCCGGAAAGUGGAUUUACGGGUUGAUGAUGUUCAAGGAGUCCAAGCUUUAUACGGGUCAAACCCGAAUUUUAAUUACGGGUCUUUGUUGGAGUCCGAUCAGGAAACUUUUAACAGCGGCGCCGGUGACGGUGGCAGAAGGACAGUAUUCGGGUUAUGGAUCGUCGUUUUCACCUUAACUCAACUCAUAUAUUUUUAGAGGGUCCAAAUGUCGAAUGUGAAUAAUUUUAUUUUUAAAAAAAAACGUGGGUCGUUGUUGUUGGUUGUUACAAAAUUUAGAUUGUAGAUUUUUCAAACCUUAUUUAUUAUUGGUUAAUUUAUACACUUAUAAGUUAUACAUAUAGAAAAGAGAUAUAGGAUCGAGUUCAUUCUUUUAUGAAAUGUUUUUAGUGGUACAUAUUUAUACAAUACGGGACGUACUUGUGUAUA